AUGGAGGAGCGUUAUUUGUGGAUCCUGUGGGAUAACCCCAAAGGUUGGGAGCGACUGCCCAAAGCCUUCCAUGGCACAUGGGUGAGAAUUCUCAUGGCUUCUGUACCAGAUAUGAAGCCUCAUGUGGUCUUGAAUGCAAAUAUUUAAGUGUUCAAUUCACAAGCAACCUUCAGGAAAGAGCUUGAGUUGGAGACAAGACUGCUAUUUGCACUGGGAGGAAAUCUCCUUUGUGUCAAUGUGAACUAUAUUUUUGUUAUGUACUGAGUUGAAUAGGAUCCAAAAUGCAGCAGUCUGACUUGUCCUAGAACAAUAGGAUUCAGAAUGCAGCAGUAUGAUUAGUCUGCAGGAGCCACCCAAUCCAGCUCCAGGUGGAAGUGAGUCCGCAACCUGAUUGGCCUACAGGAGAACCCCGGAAUUAGCCAAUCACGUGCGGCCCAUUGUGUAAAUAAUGUAUAUAAAGCAGAUAUUUGGGGGGAACUUGCAUUCCUCGCUACUAUGAGCUGAAUAAAGAGCAUGAAAUCCACACUCGACUCCGAGUAUAUUUCAAUUUUCAAUAGAGGGGGGUUUGCCAGGGCCAUGACGGGGGAGAAAGGGUUCUCUCCUACUACCUGCUAUGGUUGUGAUCUUGAGGCUGUGGGGAGGGGGAGGUGCAUUUCUGCUAAAUUGUUUUGAAAGUCAUUAAAUGCAGUAAGACGUUUAUCUGUAAUUUGGCUCGUUGAAGAUUUAAAUCUCCCUCUCUCCUCUGGUAGUGCUGCUGGGAAGCUUGGAGUAAAAUGGAAAAGGUGCAGAUUUUUUGGGGGGGGCAGAGUCUGAAGACAGCAAAGGUGGAGAAAGGAUAGAGGAAGGUUGCACCCCUUUAAAUGAGGUUAGCCGUGAGGGGCAAGGGAUGUGCCUGCCGUUGAAGUUUCUCACAAAAGAAAUGAAAAUUGUGGCUGCACAUAUUAUAGUGGUACCUCUAGAUAUGAAUGGGAUCCAUUCUGGAGCCCCGUUCGCGUCUAGAGGUAAACGUAUCUAGUGACAGCACGUCUGCGCACGCGCACGACGCUUUUUGCUGCUUCUGCACAUGCGCGUGACGUCAUUUUGAGCGUCUGCGCAUGCGCAAGCGGCGAAACCCGGAAGUAACAUGCUCCGUUACUUCCGGGUUGCGCAACUCGAACGUGCUCAACUUGAAGCAAAUUUAACCCGAGGUAUGACUGUAUCUCAAAUGCUGGGUACUACAAAUGCUGAAAACAUUGUCUUUUUUAAAAAUGAAAGUUGGGGAUCGGGAGUUUAUGGUUCACCCAAGGCUGCUGCCCUCAUCCGUUGACACCCAUGGCCAAGGGUUGCUGCUUGUUGAGCAAGAAGGAGAAACCUCAGAGUAACAUGGCGCCUGUGGGCCUCCAAGGCAUUUUCUUGAUGUGAAAUGGCUUGUUGUACUGCUGUGACGAAGAAAGGCAGUCCAAGAAGAGACUAAGACUCUCCUGCCCCCUCCUGUAUGUGACAUCUGAACACUCAAAGUGAGAAUUUUGAAGCUCUGAGGUGAUGCUUUCAGUUUGAUAAUCUGACAGCAUCAGCUUUUCAUGGCAGUCUUCACAAAAUUUGGGGCAGGAGGGAAGAGACUAUAAACAGUGUGGCCCUUGACAUGUAAGAAAUUCUGUGAAAUUUCCAUGCAAAGCCCAACUGUAAACAGUACAAUGACAGAGUGAUCUUUCAUAGUCACGGGUGAUAAACACAAUCUUUCCGACUACACUGCGGUAAUUCAAAAUCUGUAACAAUCUAGAUGUCCGUGAGCCUGAUUAAGGCCUCAUCCGCACAAUACAUUUAAAGCAGUGUCACACCACUUUAAACCGCCAUGGCUUUCCCCAAAUAAUCCUGGGAGCUAUUGGAGCUACAAUUCCCUCACAAAGCUGCAAUUCUCAGAAUGGUUUUUAGCAGUCAAACCCUCUUUGUAGGUAACUCUGGAAAUGGUAACUCUGUGAGGGAAAUAGGUGUCUCCUAACAUCUCUCAGCUCCCUUAACUACUCUUCUUGAGGGGAAGCCAUGACGGUUUAAAGUGGUGUGAUACUGCUUUAUAGUGCAGACGGGGCCCAAGAUAGUUUGGGUGGAAUUUAAAUGUGGACCUAUUGAAAUUAAUGGGCCUAACUUAUGUUCAUUCAUUUCAAUAGGUCUCCUCUGAGUAAAAAGUUGAAUGGCACUCAUAGUCUUAGCAUGUGUUAUUGGUCAUACUUCGUCUCUUGUGUGCAUUUAAGUUCCGCAUGAUGAAAGUGAUACAGACAUGUUGUAUUUCUUAGCUUCCGUGGCCAUUUAGCCUCACUGUUUACAGCUUUUUUCUCCAUGCCCUUGUACAACAUGCCCUACUUGUACGUGCUGAUGGCACUUUAUGUAUCUGAAAAAGUGGGCUCUUUAAUUUGCUAAAUUAUUGUGCUACAAGACUCUUCGCUGGCUUUGCUGCAAGAGGCAUGAUUACUCCUCUGAAAGACUGGCAAAAAUGGCAGUUUUCAGGGAAGUAAGUUCCUUGGUCUUCUCACUGAAGCCUUAGUCACGCAGGCAUGUCCAAAGUCCGUUUUGGGGGCCUAAUCCAGCCCGCCGGUCGGUUUAAUCCAGCCCCUGUGGCAGUUUAUUUCCUGGGGUAAAAUCUUAAAAUACCCUCAACAACUCCAACCCUAAAACAAGCUGAACAACUUCAGUCCUUAAAAAAUGUCAACAAUUUUGGAGUAAAAUCAUAAAAAAAGCUGAACAACUUCAAUCCUUAAAAAAUGUCAACAACUUUGGUUGGCCCUUUGGUCGGCCCCCACAGCCCUUCACUUCAUCAAAUCUGGCCCUCUUUGAAAAAAGUUUGGACGCCACUACGAAAAAGUACGGUACUCAGUUUUUAAGGCCAAAGAAACAAAAUGAGGCCCACCCCUCACAGAUGCAGCAAACCCCUCUACUUGAAUGGAAUCUGUGUGUUUUUGUUGAUGCAUAAGGAAAUAGAUUCUUUCUUUCUUUUUAUUGAGUUCAUUUACGACACAUACACACACACACUUGUAAAACUGCACAUGAAAAUAAUAAUACACAAUCAAAAGGAAAAAAAAACACAAACGAAAAACAAAGAAAUACAAAUAAUACAUAAUAACGUACGGAAACAUCUACAAAACAGAUAGUCAACCAUAUAUGUGUGUGUAUGUGUUUGUGUGUGUGUAUGUGUGUGUAUGUAUAUAUACACCAUAUUUCAGUUCUUUUCGUCCAAGAAGGAGACAGUUUACCAAAAAUAAAAAGAGAACCAUGUAGAGGAUGAAGGAAGUCAGUUGGAGGAAAUAGAUUAUUUAAUUCUUUCACAGUGAUUUCUGGCCAGUCCGAGAGAGAAAGCAAGCUGACAUGCGUUGAAAAUUAAACUGAGAAACUAGAAAUCCAUUAGAAAGAUUCAUUAUAACUUCUGCCUGUAGUUUUCUAACUAACACCAAAAGCAACUUGAUUCCCACAGAGUGCCCCAAAUGACCCCAAAUGCGGGUCUCUUGAAAGUCUCUGAAGUCCAACCCAGAACCAGCUGCCCCCCCCCCUUUUGUUGUUUUCCGGUGCAAAGGGAAGGGAGGGGAUGGAGAAACCAGAAAUGCUGAGUGGCUUUCUGAACUGUACUGGCUUUUUUCAGUAUUUUGAGAGUAAGAGGGAGGGUUUUCCCCCCUUCUUCCUUCAGUUCUUCAUUGCGUUAACACCUGGCGAGGAACUCAUCUUUCAGAGAGAAAGAAUAGAAGAGAAAUACAGACAAAGAAAGAAAGAAAGAAAGAAAGAGGUAAGGACACAAUUUCCCUGUUUUAUAAACCAGUCCUAUAAUAAGUCAGUGGGAGCAGGAUAUUUUUGGCCAAGUGACUUGAUAAUCUGACACAUUCACCCCAUCCCUGGCCAGCCCCUAUGCAUGUUUAUUUUCUAGGGAGGUAAAAAAAGAGAACAUUCUCCCUCUUGCUUAUAGAAGAUAAGUUGUCUUCUGCAUUUUAGGCAAUACACCAGUGGUCAGCAAACUUCUUCAGCAGGGGGCCGGUCCACCGUCGCUCAGACCUUGUGGGGGGCCGGACUAUAUUUUGAAGGGGGGAAAAUGAACGAAUUCUUAUGCCCCACAAAUAACCCAGAGAUGCAUUUUAAACAAAAGGACACAUUUUACUCAUGUAAAAACACGCUGCGGGCCGGAUUUAGAAGGCGGUUGGUACGGAUCCGGCCCCCGGGUCUUAGUUUGCCUACCCAUGCGCUACACCAUUUUCUCUCCAGCGAUACAAAUGUCACACACACUGGUGCUAGCAUUAGCUUGUCGGCGAGGUCUCUAACCUUUUGCUUCUCUUCUUUGAGGGGUUUCAUGUUCACCUUUUUAUUGAGGGUUCUCUUUAUAAACACAUAAGCUGUUCGCAUUUCUUAGUUCUUUUUGCAUACUCUGUGAACAGUAUCGAAGGCACUCCAAGCAUUCAUCUGAAGGCCCUUUCUGUGCAAUUGGCUUUGCAAAAAGCAGAGUUACUGAUUAUAUGGGUACAGAGCCAAUGCACCAACUUUAUUUGUACCUCUGAGUGAACACACAGAGUUUGGGAACAGGGAGAUCAGGUGCGUUCUUGAUUCCCCAUCUCUCUACCCGUUCAAUGAAUAUUUUUACGAAUAGAGCCACUGUGGCUCUGUCCACAUCCUUCUGCUGUGUAAUUUGUAAUCUGUGCAGCGUUUUUCUAGCUUUGCUUUUCCUGAGCUGCUCCCUAUUUUAUUCCUCAUUUCACCUAAUCAUCUUUUUGUGUGUGCCUUUAUGCAAUCCCCCUCAACGCACCAUGGUCCCUGAAAUGUCUGACUAAAAUUUCUCAAGGCAUUUGUUUCCUCUUGCCUUGAAAAUUGCUUUAAUCAUCAUCAGCCAAGACAGAAUUUCCUGCUUUAGCACACUCACAUUUUCUUCAAUUUUAAGCAAAGGUUUCUCCCAGUAGGGAUUCCAACCCUAUUUUGCAGCUAGUGAGAGAAUAACCUGAAAUUCUACAGCCCUAACCAGAACACAGGAUCCAUCCAGGACAUGUUGGUGCCUCAAGCAGAAAAUCCAGAUGGCAUCCUUAUAGAACACACAAUUUAACAUGGAGGACAAACAUGCUUCAUUGAAAUGAGGGGAGAAUGUGCAAGGGCAUGUUAAUUUCAGUGGGCCUUUUGCAUAAUAUUAAUAAUUUUAUAAUAAUUUUAUUUAUAUGCUGCCCAUCUGACUGGUUUGCCCCAGCCACAACUAAAGAUUGGAAAUUUGUGACACUUUUAGAUUCUUCAGGAAGAAUGGGAGUUCCCUAUAGAAUAGGUAGAGGAGUUCCAUUUCCAUCCAUGAUUUAUCCUCACUAUGAAUCAGGGAUAAGACUGUCUUGGUGGAUUUUGCCUUGUAGAUCAAUUGUUUCAGUCUCCGACUCAUCUGCUUUUAAAGAUAUCAGAAAUGGCCGCUUCACCUUGCCUCAUACUACAGCUAACGUCAGAAGCAAGCGAGAUAAACCAUGUGUUAAAUGGUUAAAAAGCUAUCAUUUUCACAUACACCUUAAUCAAAUUUAAAUCUGGAUUCUGGUUUAUUGGAAACCCUUUUCAUCAUUCAUAUAUGCACAAAAAAGAGCACAACAUGCUGACGAGUGCCAAAUCUACACAUUUUUCCAUAGGGGGACAAAGGUCUGCACUGCUGCCGCCCCCCCCCCCUCUCCCACAUAGGAUGCUAUUUUGCCACUUCUUCCGAUUUGCUGCCUAGGGCACAUAUCCCCUCUCGCCCCCGCCUGGUCCGAGCCAGAGGCUGUCAGGGACAUAGGACAGCAUGUUUGAAAAUGCUUUUAUACUGCAUCACUCACAGAGCCCCUUCUAAGUCCAGAUGGAUUUUGCUUUACAAAUACUUCAGUUAUCUCCUUCUAGUCGAGCCACUAAGUGGAAGCAAGGAGUUAACAGCACAGACCCUCCAUGUAUCCCUAUUUUCCAGGGACAUCCUUGAUUUAGAGAAGCCGUCCCAGUUUCUGAUUUGAUCCCAGAAUGUCCCGCUUUUCCUUAGGAUGUCCCUAUUUUAAUAGGAGAAAUGUUGGAGGGUGUAGAGUUAUCCGACCCCCGAGCAGUCUGAAGGCAAUCCUGUAUAGGGAAGGGUUUUUCUUAAAUGUUUCAUUAUGUUUUUAUAUAUGUUGGAAGCUGUCCAAAGUGGCUGGGGCAACCCAGUAAUAUGUGUGGGGUAUACAUAGUACAAUUAUCAUUAUGGAAUGGAACGUCCCUAUUUUAAUCAGAAAAAUGUUGGCUGGUAUAACAGCAUAAUAAAACAGAAAUGCAAUGCAAAAGAAGGGACAAGACAAAAGAAAAGAAAAGGGAAAACCUAAGGCAAAAUAAAAAAUGCAUUGGGACAUUAUGUUUACUUGUAGAUGAGUAUAUUGAUUCUAAAGCACAUAACAUAACUCUGUGCUGUACAUAAAUCAAAUUGGAGAUGGACUUUGCAAUAUCAAUGUUUUAUCAAAAGGCAUGCAUUUACUCCGGAGAUUUUAGCAAAUGCCCUUGGCCAUUACAAGAAUAUUCUGUAUGCUCAGAGGCAUUGUAUUUAGAAGAACUCAGGUAGUAGAUGUUGUUCCUCAUUCUCUGUCUAAUUGCUCUAUUCAUAAAGCGAUUAGACUCUGGGAUUUUCUUCCCCUCUUAGUUCCUUUUGACCCCUAAUCCAAUCUGCAAAAAGUUUCUGGUUUUUAACUGGCAAGUAAAGCUAGGCUGCUCAUGUGAAAAGCAGUCUCUUUUAUUAUUAGCAGCAGGAAGGCAAUUUUUAAGGAACAUUCAUGUGAUAAGAUUGCUUUAUGCACACCUGACUGUUAAUAAUUCAGUUAUGGAUUUGCAUUUAAUUAUGCUGUGCCUAUUUGGUUUUUGUAUGGACAACGCGACAAACUAGCAGGCUGAAUUCCUAAACACACACACACACACACACACACGCACAUUGAAAGGCUAGGAUGGUGCAUGUUGUUGUUUAGUCGUUUAGUCGUGUCUGACUCUUCAUGACCCCCUGGACCAGAGCACGCCAGGCACUCCGGUCUUCAACUGCCUCCUGCAGUUUGGUCAAAAUCAUGCUGGUAGCUUCGAGAACACUAUCCAACCAUCUCGUCCUCUGUCGUCCCCUUCUUCUUGUGCCCUCCAUCUUUCCCAACAUCAGGGUCUUUUCCAGUGAGUCUUCUCUUCUCAUGAGGUGGCCAAAGUCUUGGAGCCUCAGCUUCAGGAUCUGUCCUUCCAGUGAGCACUCAGGGCUGAUUUCCUUCAGAAUGGAUCGGUUUGAUCUUCUUGCAGUCCAUGGGACUCUCCAGAGUCUCCUCCAGCACCAGAAUUCAAAAGCAUCAAUUCUUCGGCAAUCAGCCUUCUUUAUGGUCCAGCUCUCACUUCCAUACAUCACUACUGGGAAAACCAUAGCUUUUACUAUAGGGACCUUUGUUGGCAAGGUGAUGUCUCUGCUUUUUAAGAUGCUGUCUAGGUUUGUCAUUGCUUUUCUCCCAAGAAGCAGGCGUCUUUUAAUUUUGUGGCUGCUGUCACCAUCUGCAGUGAUCCUGGAGCCCAAGAAAGUAAAAUCUCUCACUGCCUCCAUUUCUUCCCCUCUUAUUUGCCAGGAGGUGAUGGGAUGGUGCAUAGUUCCCUCUUAAAUAGCCUCUGGCAAGUAGGAAGCUACUACCGCAUUUCUCUCAAGAGCAGUAACUAAUAGCCCCCAAACAGGGUGCCAGUGCUAGAUGCUUUGCAUCUACUGGAUCCAGUUUAAAGUUCCUCAGAUUUCCGAAGGUGCCAGCACAGGGGUGGGGGUGGGGAGGUGGGGAAUUCUCCAGUGAAGCAGCCUGGCCAGCAGAGAUGCAAAUGCAGCAAUGCUGCUUGUCUCCAGUCCCCUCCUCCUCCUCUGCCCAACUGCAGUCCUAAACACACCUACCUCAAUAGGGCUUACUUCUGAGUAGGCAUGCAUAGGUUUGCACUGUACUAGACCUACCAUGCAUUGGAUGAAGUGGGAUGUAAUUCAUGAAAGCUAAUGCCGUAAUAAAAUCUACACAUGGGGAAAGGGGCAAAAAUUUAGAAAAUAAACAGCCAGCACUGUGGCAAGCGGAUGCAUAAAUUGGACAGUGCUAAUAUCAGACUUCAAAACUGUAUAAAUAUAAAAAGAAAGAAAAGAAACAAGCAGGACCUUACAUUUCUUGAGAAAAAGCUAGUAAUGAAAUCCUUAUAAAUGCAAUAAAUGUAACUUUACUCAUCAUCCUGAUUUUUUUUAAAAAAAUAUACAUAUAGUUUUGUUUUCUUCAAAUUUCCCACCAUGUUUCAAUCUCUGGCCCCAAAGAGGGUCAAGAGAAAAUUGAGGGCGAAGAAAUAAAGCUUUUCCAUUUCUGCUCCAGUCCUUCAUGGCUCAAUUUUUUACCACACAUAGAACUGAGCACUGUAGGCUUGUCCAACACUCCAGAGGAACAUAAAAACUUUUAUAGGACUCUCUGGUUUAUGAGAAACAGGAUUCCCAGCCUCAGGCUUUUUCUCAGUGAGUAAGAUGUGCGAGUGCAGACAGUGCUUUCUCUCAGCAUGACAGAAAUGUAUUCACUGUGUUCAGGUUUCUCGGCCAUCAUAAUCCGAAGAGGCAGAUGUGUCUGCUAGCCUAGGUCCUUCGGCUGCUGUGAUGCAGGCGGGUGGUUAAUCAGGGAACUGGCCACAACACACUAGCAUUAAAGGAGAAAUGAAACCUUUUCAUGCAAAGAGAUCCACUAAAUGGCUUUGUAAUAACAAAUGGCCUACCGUGGGGCAUCUGCCUGUGCUUUUCAAUCUCACGCAGUGCGGCCUGAGAAAAAACUAAUUAAAUAGUGAAAGGCCUCAUGUCAUGGCAGCCAAGUGAUGCAUCUUGGUAUCUCCAUUGCAUACCGGCAUGUACUGCUCUGGCCUUGCCACCUCCUGCUGGGGGCAGGAGUAGUAUAUUUAGCUACAAACUCUGUGGAAACCAUUCAGAACGAAUGUUGAAUAAACAGGUCAUCCGGAAGCGGGAUUGGAUCCCACUGAGAUCAGUGAAACUUACUUCUGAGUGAAUGUGUAGAGUAGUGAUUCUCAAGCUUUAUUCCGUGGGCCACACUUUUAAAAUAAAAAAUUGCUAGCGCAACACCAGUUUUUUUUUAUGGAUAAGAAAUACAUUGGAAAACAAAAGGAAACAACUCCUGGUAAUCAUUGAUUUAUAACACAAAGCACAACUACUUUAUAAUAUGAUCGUGGGACAUACAGAAAGUAUCAAACAAUGCAAUUACAUCAAUAACUCAAAUCAUUCCCAAAAUAUAAACGUGCCUCUUGCAUAUGUACCUUAAGUAUGUAUGCAAGCUCAGUGAGAGGUGUGAGCUUGCUUUUGCCAGGAAAUUUCAUUUAUAUGAGGUUUGAUUUGAGGCAAACUCUCAUCUCCUCAUCAAUACAAAGAGGCCUUUCUCGUUUCUGAUCUUUCAUAUUUGUCAGAGUUUAAAAUCGCAGUUCACAACAAUAUGCCAUAGAGAACUAUAUAAGAUGCGCAAAUGCUCUUGAACAGAGGCAUGGAUACUGUUUCUGGUUGCAUUCCCCCCCCCUCCAAUUUUUUUAUACUGUACUGUACUGAAAUGUUCAAAUGUUUAUUUGAUUGUCCUUGAAUCUUCUGGCCACACUUGCUAUCCUCUCCUACCACAUCCUUUGAGAACCACUGAUGUAGAGUCAAACUGCCAUGAUAUUGGCAGUUCUGUGACAGAAAUUUUGUGUCUUUAUAUUUUUCAAAAAACACCUGAAGGUGGGGGGAUACUGUGUCCCCCUAAAUUUUACCAAUGGAUGCAAAUAGUAGCCUCAGAUUGGGAGGGAAAUUAUCAGUGGGAAAACAGCCUGGGGAGGAUUGGUUCAAGUCCCUACCUCACACUACAGUCCUGACUCCACCACACACACAAAACCCAGCAGUGCUUUUUGUAAAUGAAAAUGACGUUUGGGGUGUCUUUUACCCCUUUCCUUCCACCUGAAACUUCACACCCCAUCCUGUGAGGUCUGAGCAGGACUACAAGGCUGGCAGGAGCCCUGAACAGGAGGACUUGUCCUAGGAAUAGGGAUACGCAGCAACAUUUUGUUGCUUCAUGUCUCACUUGCUAGUAAAGGGAUAUAUAAGUGUUAAAAAUACAAAAAGUAACACUUAAGCAUUUAAAAAACACUAUGAUACAUAUCAGGACCUGGCUGGCACUACGGGUUAAGCCACUGAGCCUAGGGCUUGCCAAUCAGGAGGUCGGCGGUUCGAAUCCCCGUGAUGGGGUGAGCUCCCGUUGCUCUGUCCCAGCUUCUGCCAACCUAGCAGUUUGAAAGCACGAAGUGCAAGUAGAUAAAUAGGUACUGCUCCAGCAGGUAGGUAAAUGGUGUUUCUGUGCGCUGCUCUGGUUCACCAGAAGUGGCUUAGUCAUGCUGGCCACAUAAACCGGAAGCUGUACGCCGGCUCCCUUGGCCAAUAAAGCAAGAUGAGCGCCACAACCCCAGAGUCGGCCACGACUGGACCUAAUGGUCAGGGGUCCUUUAUAAUACAUAUCCCAAUAGUACCCUUAGCACAAUAGAUGAAAAGCAUAGAACUUAAAACCAAGAGCCAGCCCAAUACAUUUUGCUACCUGAGGCAAAGGACAAGAUGGCACAACCUCCCCGUUCCAUAUUCAGAAGCUGACUGGAUGGGCAGCACAAUCCUACUCCAUCACUGGUGAUGGGAUUGCCAGUGUUGCACCUGAGGCAACUAAAAGGGUCCGGCACAGGCUUUGCAGCAUUCAUAGCUCUGUUCACCAACGGAGAGGAACAGCUCAUGGAUUGAGAAGAAACAGCCAGGACAGCUUCCCUGCAGCAUCUGCCGCCUGAGGCCGUUGGCUCACUCUGCCUAAUGAGAGAACCGGUGCAGCCUAAAAGCUAGAGAGCGGUAACAUUUUUGAUCUUCAUAUAAUUCCCACACCCAUCCAGACGUCAAGCCACAGGAAAAUCCUUCUGAUUUAGGAAGAACUUUACCUCACUGGCGAAGCUUGUAAGACACCAAACAGAUCUCCCUGGGGAGUGAAUACUACAAAGUGAGCCCCACGACAAAGAAGAGGCUGCUCCUCCGCUUCACAAUCUUUAUCUGGCUAUACUGUAGAAUAAGGAGCAGGGCCGCUAUAGGGAGGAACGUUGUUAUUGGCAUCCGUCUGUCUCAAGAGAUAAUGGAGUGUGCCUCGGCAGGGUGAAGUCAAACCACUGCAUUAGUGUCUCAGAAGUGACCUCCUUGGAGUGCAAGCCUAAGCAGUGUGUCUGGAGGUCCUGGGCUGCCCAGGUGACAAGACCCUCCUCUUGGCCUCACUGAUGGGGUCCAGAGGAAAGAAGAGCAAUAUGUUUGGUACCAGCUUGGCUCCAGGAGUUGCCAGGAGGUGUACAAGGCGCUUCCAACCGUCUUAGGGACAUCUCUCCGGAUUUGUGUAGGGUUCAGCUCUUAGCCUUUUCUUCUCUCGAAGAUAUCCCACAAGGCAGCGGAGAUUUGGGUUCAGAGUUUUCCUCCGUCUAGAUGGGCUAUCUUCCCAGGUGGACAAGCCUCAUCUGCCCCUCACUUCCCUCUACAGCACAUGAUGCAGAAACCAUCUGCUUCUUGACCAUUGGAUCGACUAUUGGUCUUGUACAGGAGCCUAUCUUCACAUGCAGGGGAACAUGUGGCCCCGCAACUGUGGGUGCCCGGGACUGUGGGUGCCAUGCAUAAUAAGAGCAACAACAACAACAACAGCAACAACAACAACAAGAAGAAUAAUUUGUUAUUUAUACCCCUCCCAUCUGGCUGGGCUUCCCCAGCCACUCUGGGCGGCUUCCAACAAAAUAUUAAAAUACAGUAAUGCAUCAAACAUGAAAAGCUUCCCUAAAUGCAGUGUGUGUGGCCCUGGCACCGAAAUUUACAGGGGUGCCCAGCCCCUUCUUGGGAAAUUUUGUGGGUGCUCAGGCCCCCAGCCCCCCAGGGAGUUGAAACCUAUGCAGGGGAAGUCCUUAAUUCACUGACCUACCCUCUGCUGGUUUAGCCGGCCAGUCGAAACCGUUCCUGGGGUGUGGCCACUCUAGCAUGCUAGCAGUUUCUAGGAACCACAGGUGCAGAGAGUGCAGAGUGGGAUCAAAGGUGGACGAACUACCCCAGAAGGAGCAUGAUGUGCCCCCCACCAAAGGUACUACCAUUUCCCUAGCACCCCAUACCCCCGCCGGGAAGAAUGAAGUGUACAAUUUUACUGGUGCUCUUAGUACUUAAUGCUAUAGACAUUGAGCAUAGAACCAUAGAGAUUUUUCAUGCAGGGCUGGUCUGAAAAGCUACUUGAUAUUUUCUGAAAAGCCCAGUUGCCCUUACGAUAGCACCUUCUCUUUUGGGUGCCUAAUUUCAUUUUUCAUCUCAAGCUCUUCCUGAGCACUUUGGCCAGGCAGGUGAUAGUAUCGCCCCUGUACUUUCAUGGAGUGAAACUGCCGUGGUAGAUGUAUAAAGGGUAAAGGGGACCCCUGACCAUUAGGUCCAGUCGUGACCGACUCUGGGGUUGCGACGCUUAUCUCGCUUUAUUGGCCGAGGGAGCUGGCAUACAGCUUCCGGGUCAUGUGGCCAGCAUGACUAAGCCGCUUCUAGUGAACCAGAGCAGCGUAUGGAAACGCCGUUUACCUUCCCACCAGAGUGGUACCUAUUUAUCUACUUGCACUUUGACGUGCUUUUGAACUGCUAGGUUGGCAGGAGCAGGGACCAAGCAACAGGAGCUCACCCCGUCGCGGGGAUUCGAACCGCCGACCUUCUGAUCGGCAAGUCCUAGGCUCAGUGGUUUAACCCACAGCGCCACCCACAGUGCCUGGUAGAUGUAUACUACAGACUUAAGUAGUAUAAAGUGAAUUUUAAUUGUCAGGGCUUGCCAUGGGAAUGAACGUGGAGAGUACUCUUCAAGAAAAGUCCUUAGUUCCAUACACCACAACAGAAGUACCAGCACUGAUGGUUAAAGCACUUGACAUCUGUACUGUUAGAAUGACUACAUUUUAAAAAAUUCACAAAAGCUGUAUUUUGUGAAUGUUUUACAGCUGGUGUUUUGAAUAAUGUUACCAAAUAUGGUAUCAAGGCUCAAAAUCCUAAGCACACUUACGAGAGCCAUUGAACUCAGUGGGAUUUAUUUAGUAAGCAUGUGAUGAAUCACUUUGUAAAAAUAAUAUUAAAAAAUCAGUGAAGAGUCUUCUGAAACUUCUGCUGAUUUCCCCCCCGAGUCGUUUAUUAUCUUUGUUAUUAGUAUAUAUUUAUAACACGCCUUUCCCCCUGAUGAGACUCAAGACGGCUUACAGAUAUAAACAAGAACCACUAAACACAUAGAAAAAUCGAUCAUUAAAAUACAAUUAAACAUUGAUAGAAUUAAAACAAUUUACAAAUAUAAAAUCAGUAAUCAAAACAUAUCAAUAAUUACAAUAAAAACAUGAAGUGGACUUUAACCUUCAAAAGCUUGUGCCAUAAUAAAUUUGGUACCGUUUAAAGUUUGAGUAAACAUAAGGUAAAGGGACCCCUGACCAUUAGGUCCAGUCGUGGCCGACUCUGGGGUUGCGGCGCUUAUCUCGCUUUAUUGGCCGAGGGAGCCGGCGUACAGCUUCCGGGUCAUGUGGCCAGCAUGACUAAGCCGCUUCUGGCGAACCAGAGCAGCGCACGGAAACGCCGUUUACCUUCCCGCCGGAGCGGUACCUAUUUAUCUACUUGCACUUUGACAUGCUUUCGAACUGCUAGGUUGGCAGGAGCUGGGACUGAGCAAUGGGAGCUCACCCCGUCGCGGGGAUUCGAACUGCCGACCUUCUGAUCGACAAGUCCUAGGCUCUGUGGUUUAACCCACAGCGCCACCCGUGUCCCCCAGAGUAAACAUACAACAGGAUAAAUUUGUUAAUCUUAAAUGCUAACAAAUUUAUUACGGCAUACUUUCAUGAGCUUGAGUAUAUUUCAUCACGUGCAUGAUGUUUUAUCCGCAGUUGGCAGUAACUAUUUUCAUUUAUUCUCACUGUUUUCAUUUUUCUCUCUACACCCAUGUAGAUCCCCCAUACCAGUCAAAUGAGGAUAACAUUUCAUGUAUUUGAUGAAAUAGACUUGAGUCAAUGAAAGCGUACCCUCCAAAUGUCCUGAUUUUCCAGGAACAGUCCCGGAAUGGCAGAAGCCGUCACUAUUUUCAUCAGUGAAAAUGUUGGAGGGGAUGGACUAGGAUGUCCCUAUUUUCAUCUGAGAAACAUUGGAGGAGAUGGGAAAGUCUUUUCCAUAAUACAUGUAUUAGUCUUUAAGGUGCUAGCAGUUUACUCAGAAGAAAGUCCCAUUUCGUUCAAUGGGAUGUACUCCCAAUCCCAAGUAAGUAUUCAUAGGAGUGUAGGCUUAGUUUACAAUCACAGUUCUGGUCGUAGUAUUGCUUUUGGUGGCAAAGACAUGGAGAUCAAAUGUCAGUAAAUACGUAAAGGUUAGGAAGAUGUCAAAGAGAAAAACCUGAUCGCUUCAGCAUUCAAAUUACAAUGGAAACUUGCAUAUUAAAAAUCAAGAUCUUCAUCUUAUGGAAAUGUAUAGGACAUCAACAACAAGUUUCAUUAUCACUGUAAUUUUUCAUUAUUAUUUUUUUCAUUUCUGUUGACUUCGUAAAGUCAUCAGUACCUUAACAUACUCACAGUCUGUUUAACAGUCAGAUAAUGAUGUGGGUUUUAUUGGCAUUAACAGAUUUCCCCACAAUUCUUGGAUGACUUAUUUUUCUAGUGAUUUUUUUGGGGGGGGGCAGGUAUUUAUUUAAUUGCAUCCCACAUUUUGGCUGCAGUCCAAAAGCAGCUUGCAACAUUUAUAAAAUGCAAUAGAUAUAUAAUAGAAACUGUAGCCUUUAGAGCUGCCUUCCUCAACCUAGUACCCUACAGAUGUUUUGAACUAAAAUUCCCGUCAGCACAUGCUGGCUGAGGUUUAUGAUGGGAGUUGUCGUUUGAAACAUCUGGCUGGGGAAGGCAACUUUAAGCCACUUCAGUUAUGGUGGACAGAGCACAAAUUUUUUCUUUGAUGUAUUGUAAGGUAUUGUUUUGUUUUGUUUAAUUCUUUAUUGUUCUCUUGCUUUUUCUGUAACUUGUAAACUCUUAAUAAAUAUCUUUUUUUAAAAAAGAGAAAUAUAGGGAUGCUUAAGGUCUUGCCAUUGUGACGCGGGUGGCGCUGUGGGUUAAACCACAGAGCCUGGGACUUGCCGAUCAGAAGGUCAGCAGUUCGAAUCCCCACGACAGGGUGAGCUCCCGUUGCUCGGUCCCUGCUCCUGCCAACCUAGCAGUUCAAAAGCACCUCAAAGUGCAAGUAGAUAAAUAGGUACCGCUCCAGCGGGAAGGUAAACGGCGUUUCCGUGCGCUGCUCUGGUUGGCCAGAAGCGGCUUAGUCCUGCUGGCCACAUGACCCGGAAGCUGUACGCCAGCUCCCUCGGCCAAUAAAGCGAGAUGAGCGCCGCAACCCCAGAGUCGGUCACGACUGGACCUAAUGGUCAGGGGUCCCCUUUACUUUACCUAAGGUCUUGCCAUAUUAUCAGUAUGAGACGUUCCCACAAGACAACACAUUUUUCUGAACUUCUUUCCUCCUUUUUUCUGUUGCAUGUGAAUUUUAAUGUGGAAUGGGUUGAUGUGGAAUAGAAACAGAGUACACACGGUGGCCAGUGUUAGUUUUGUUUGCUUUGGUGACUGUUGUUGGCAUCUGUCUGUCUCGAAGACAAUGGCAUGCACUACUGAGGGUCCUGGGCUGCUCAGCUGACUUGUGUAAUAAACAAAAAUCUGCCCUUAUUCCCUUAUGGGGAACACAAGAGCCCUUAUCGAGUCGUUUGUAGGUUCUCCAUCAGUCGGAGAAAAUAACAAAGGCCAACCAUAGAAUAUUGAGAAGCAAAGCAGCUCGUAAGCCUGAUCUUUAUUGAACUGUUGCAACAGGGUGCUCCCCUCACACGCAGGAAAGGAGGAGGACCAAGAACAAAGGUGUCCCUGCCCUUAUAUAUACAUUUUGAAUUGCCUUCCCUGGAGCUCAAGACCACCCCUCCAUACAUCAUACAUACAUCACAGAAGGGGUGUAACCCAAGACCACCCCCCCACAAAUCUAACUACAUCACAGAAAAGGCGGUCUACAACAGAAAUCUGAGUGCGUUGUUUAUCUCCUGUCUGGCAGGUUACCUGUUAAUGGUCACUUAAUUGGAUACCCUGGGGAGCCUGGCCAGUCUUUUGUAAUGACAAAUAGUUCUUGAGCCAGAUCACAGGCUCACCCUAUUCAUACACAGACAUACCCUUAAGACAGGAUUUGUGAAGGAAAAGACAACGGGGAGGCUUUUCCAUUUUCCUUCGACCUUGCAGAGAAAUAUUUGAGGUCAACUUGGAAGGCACAAAAUGGUUUCAGGACUUUUUCUGUGGGGUUUCAGACAUGUGGUUUAUAUAUGCAGUUAUGAACAUGAUAUAUAUAUAAGGUAAAACCUUACUGUUAUAUUGGCAGAACUUUUUCAGUUUCAUGAUUCUGGGCUUUGCAAAUUAAGAAAAAUGCACUGAAAGCAGUUGUUGUCUACAAACUGCUAAAUUUUAGAUGCCCAGAGUCAAUACAUCCCAUUUUAAAUAUUUUCAAAGCAAAACAAUUUUUUGGUGUGGAAAUCUGGGGCUUUGCUGAUCUUCCUAAAAUGUUGAGAGUUCAAAGCCACUUUUUCAGUAGGCUUUUCAGAGUUUCUGAAUUUACCCCACUGUAUCUAAUCAGCUGAGUGUUGCGUAUGGAAAUUAUUUCUGGUUUAAUAUAUGUUAGGUAAAGGUAAAGGGACCCCUGACCAUUAGGUCCAGUCAUAGCCGAUUCUGGGGUUGCGGCGCUCAUCUCGCUUUACUGGCCGAGGGGGCCGGUGUACAGCUUCUGGGUCAUGUGGCCAGCAUGACUAAGCCGCUUCUGGCGAACCAGAGCAGUGCACGGAAACGCCGUUUACCUUCCCGCCGGAGCGGUACCUAUUUAUCUACUUGCACUUGACGUGCUUUUGAACUGCUAGGUUGGCAGGAGCAGGGACCGAGCAACGGGAGCUCACCUCGUCGCGGGGAUUCGAACUGCCGACCUUCUGAUCAGCAAGUCCUAGGCUCUGUGGUUCAACCCACAGUGCCACCUGCGUCCCAAUAUAUGUUAGGAUGGCUAAUUAUUAGUGCAGACUAAGCCAGAAGAUGAAAGACAGGCUUCUUAAGAUCUGUCUAGAAAAGCAGAGGACACUUUCUCUAGGAAACAUUUGGUUACAAAAUCUUUCAGAACUACUUCCAAACUUGGGAUUUUCUGUACAGGCAUUGAAUCCAUGGGGAAAUGAUACCAAAAUUUCUUUAAAUAAAGAAUCUUGGGUGUAGGAGCACAAACAGACAUAAUGGUCCUCAGAUCCUCAAGAACAUAAAAAUUCAUAGCAAAAGCAAAGCAUCAACUUCAAUAUAAAAAAUAUCAGUUGCAUUCCAUAAUAAUGGCGUAUCAGAAACCUUUUACCCAAGUUGUUCAGGCAACUAAGGAUCAAAAGGGCAAUAGACAUGAGAGGCUGAAGGCCAAGAACCUGUUUAGGCAGACCAGCAUCAAAGGACCAGAGGGAAGUGCCGAAUCAGAGGACAGACAUUUGCUUGAAGAAGUGUCAGAGGACAAUCCUGUCUUGAGGGGAGUCCUCCGGUUCAGCUUCCACCAAACUGGUGCUCUCCAGAUGCUAAUCUUCAUCCACCCCAGCCACCAGCACAGCCACACAGGAAGAUUAUUGCAGGCAAAUAACAACAACAACAACAACAACAACAACAACAACAACAAUAAUAAUAAUAAUAAUUUAUUAUUUGUACCCUGCCCAUCUGGCUGGGUUUCCCCAGCCACUGUGGGUGGCUUCCCACAAAGAUUAAGAAUACAUUAAAAUGUUACACAUUAAAAACUUCCCUGAACAGGGCUGCCUUCAGAUGUCUUCUAAAUGUCAGGUAGUUGUUUCUUUCCUUGACGCCUGAUGGGAGGGCGUUCCACAGGGCGGGCGCCACUACCGAGAAGGCCCUCUGCCUGGUUCCCUGUAGCUUUGCUUCUGAAAGGGAGGGAACCACCGGAAGGCCCUUGGAGCUGGACCUCAGUGUCUGGGCUGAACGAUGGGGGUGGAGACACUCCUUCAGGUAUACUGGGCCAAGGCCAUUUAGGGCUUUAAAGAUCAGCACCAACACUUUGAAUUGUGCUCGGAAACGUACUGGGAGCCAACGUAGCAAAUGAUUGAUGAUUAUUUAAAUCAGCCUUCCUCAACCCCCCCCCCCCCAGCUAUGUUGGCUGAGGCUGAUGGGAGUUGUUGUCCUAAGCCAGGUUGGCGAAGACUGAUCUAGCUGAAGGGCUGCCUCACCCAAGUCUGGUUUAAAGAUAAUGAAUGCUAAGAAGGGGAUCAGGAGCCUCACAGUUGUCCACCAGCAGUUAACACCUGGGCAGCAGACAAAACAGGCACACAUGUCACCUGUGUCCCUUGCUUAGUUCCCCCACACUGUUGAAGUCCCUGGCAGUUGCCUCUAGGUAGAAAUGAAAAUGUCAGGAGAUAUGACCAAGGAUCUCCCAGGCCUCAUCUUAUUUUGGCCGUAAGGUCUACUGGGCUCCAGGCUUUGGAUUAAUGUUUCGGUCUGGAAAUGGCAAAUAUCUUGUUUUCGUCCUGGAGGGUGGUGUGGAAGAAACAGAAACCCACAGAUAGAGCCCCGCAAGCAGAGCCUCUUAUCAUUUCUCAGCAGGUUCCUGAACAGAAACCUCAGCUGCAAACAAGAGCAGAGCAAAAAGAAAACCACAAGGCCAUGGGGGCGGGCUGAGAAAAACAGAGGAAGGGUUGUGCAGGAGCACACAAACACAUGACAAAAGACCUUGUUUAUGUAACCCUUGCACACACAAAGGAGCGGUUAAGAGUCCUGUAUUGUAUUUUUCCACAAAAUAAAAAGCAGGUUGCAUACCUGCGGCUUUAUAGGUCAUGCUUUGCCUUCUCUGCUUAGGAGAGAGUAACACAGCAUAGAGCCUUGUCCCUGCUGUCAGUGGUAUACCAAGCAACCCCGUGGAAAUUGCUCUUCUCCUCUCCAGGCGUUGCAUGAAACAGGCUCUGAAGAAGCUAUGCAGCCUGUCCUGUCGUUCCACUGAGAGACCAGCUUCAGUUUCAGCAGUGCCCAACACCGCCUUGGAUUUAAACCUCAGUGCCCAUGUGGCUUCUGAAGGUUCAGUGCCAUCAACUAUGUGUGCCAAACUAGCCGCCAAGUGAGCUUCUAAAUAACUUUAAAAGUAUAAGAUCCCAGCACACACAUAGGCAUUCUGCAUCGGUCUCAGCGGAGUCUAAGCUCUCGGGAAGAGGCGUGGAAAGGACUGUUCCUCUACUCCACCCAAUAGUACUACUUAUCCCAGUUCCAUUCUUGAACCCUUCACUAACACCACGGCUUAGUCAAGGUUGAUGACCUUAAUGCCAGUGCUGCUGUCUCAACCAGAGUCUGUGCUCCAGAGGUUUUUAUCUUGGUUUCAUAUGCCUUUCAUUUAGUAUUCAUUUGCAACCUCUGGCAGCAUUACUAUGCUGGCUAGAUUCUGGGUUCCAUGUUGGAGGGAGAUAACUUGCGAUGGUAGGCUUGACUUCUCCUAAAACUCAGGAGGAGUUGGAGAAGACUCUUGAGAGUCCCAUGGACUGCAAGAAGAUCAAACCUCUCCAUUCUUAAGGAAAUCAGCCCUGAGUGCUCACGGGAAGGACAGAUCCUGAAGCUGAGGCUCCAAGACUUUGGCCACCUCAUGAGAAGAGAAGACUCCCUGGAAAAGACCUUGAUGUUGGGAAAGAUGGAGGGCACAAGGAGAAGGGGACGGCAGAGGACGAGAUGGUUGGAUAGUGUUCUCAAAGCUAUCAGCAUGAGUUUGACCAAACUGCAGUAGGCAGUGGAAGACAGGAGUGCCUGGCGUGCUCUGAUCCAGGGGGUCACGAAGAGUCAGACAUGACUAAACAACUAAACAACAACAACAAAACUCAGGAUGUUUCUCCUGUCAGGAAGGCACACCAAGAUAUAUGUCCCUUUUGCCCUUUUAUAUCAAAUACUAUCCUUAGGAUUCAGUACCAAAAAAACCUUAAUUCGUUCAGAUUAACAGACAGGUGGGAUUUCUCUGUCUCUCAUUCACACACACACGUACAUGUACACUGGAUACUCCUUAGUGAGUUCACCUUUCUGAUUUAUCCAGACAGGAUACCCCUACCUCAUCCACUAGAUAGGCUAGUAACCUAUUGGCAGUAACCUUUGUCAUUUUCUUUGUGAUAUUGUUGACCCCACCUUACCAUCCUACACUGUUAAUGUUGGCUUCAUCACAACCAUCCACCAUAUUGUGGCCACCUCUGGCCGUCUCUCCAACUGUGGUCCCAGUUAAUAUAUGCUAUGACUGCAGUAUCAGUACUACUGCAUCUUCUGUCACAUCUACCUGAUGCAACCUCUUGCAACCACUUCACCAUGAUAGCUCCUCCAGAGACCACAGCUCAGCUUCUCAGCAUUCACCUUCUUUACAUGAAUCUGCCUUGUGUUCCGAAGGAGCCACUAAAUCCUUUGACUGUGACCUGCACAUUGUAUGUGCGACCCAAAACCAAUCACUCUACCAGAGCAUUUAAAGCGUUACUCAGAGAACAUCCUUCAGGUAGCAUAGGCUCUGAGCCAAAACUGCAACAAGCCUCUCCUGUGAUCCACUGACCUGUGUUCCAGUUUGUUUCAGCAAAAACAGCAGUAUCAUUAGCCUUGAUUAUGCUCCCAGUUCUCAUGCAGGGAACUAGACAGCUUUGAGAUAAACUCUUGUACCUCCUUUCCAUUACAGUGGUACCUCGGGUUACAGACGCUUCAGGUUACAGACGCUUCAGGUUACAGACUCCGCUAACCCAGAAAUAUUACCUCGGGUUAAGAACUUGGUGUUAUGUACUGAAGUUCUCACCCUGGGCCAGAAGGGGGAUACUGUAGAUAGUUUUCACUCAGGUCCACAUAUGCAAAUAAGGGAUUGAAAGUGACAUUCAGUGAUUGGAUAGUUAUAGAAAAUGGUUACUGUUGUGUUGUAGUGGAGCUCUAUAUAAGCGGGCUGGCUGAACCCUGCAGUUCAGUUCUGUUCUGGCUGUGAAUAAACAAGAGCUGUUUGAAGAAUCGUUGUGUCGUCCGAUAUGUUCACCCACAACUUAACAUUUUGCUUCAGGAUGAGAACAGAAAUUGUGCUCAGAUGGCGUGGCGGCAGCAGGAGGCACCAUUAGCUAAAGUGGUGCUUCAGGUUAAGAACAGUUUCAGGUUAAGAACAGACCUCCGGAACGAAUUAAGUACUUAACCUGAGGUACCACUGUAUUUUGAUUUGACAAAAGCCCUGUUGGAUGAUACCAAAGGCCCAUCUGCUCCAACAUCCUCUUCUCACAGUGGUCAACAACAUGCGGAUGGGAAGCCUGCAAACUGGACCUGAGUGCAACAGCGCUUUUCCCGCUUUUCACAGGUAUUCAGAGGCUUACUGCUAUGUUUGUUUGUUUGUUUGUUUGUUUGACGCCCAUCUGGCUGGGUUGCCCCAGCCACUCUGGACAGCUUCCAACAAAUUAAAAACAUUAAGCACAGUAAAAAAUCAAACAUUAAAAACUUCCCUAUGGGUGCAACUACCAAGAAGGUCCUCUGCGUGGUUCCCUGUAAUCUCACUUCUCUCACUUCUUGCAGUGAGGGAACCGCCAGAAGGCCCUCGGAGCUGGAUCUCAGUGUCCAGGCUGAACGAUGGGGGUGGAGACGUUCCUUCAGAUAUACAGGGCUGAGGCCAUUUAGGGCUUUAAAGGUCAGCCCCAACCCUUUGAAUUGUGUUUGGAAAUGUGCUUCUAACAGUGGGGACAGAACAUAUCCAGCGUGGCUAGUAGUCAUUGAUAGUCUUAUCCUCCAGGAAUUUGUCUAAUCCUCUUUUAAAGCUGCCCACAUUGAAGGCUAUUAUUGACUCUUGUGAGAGUGAAUUCCAUAGUGUAACAUGCUGUAUAUAGAAGUACUUCCUUUUCUCUGUCCAGAAACUUCCAACAUCCAGCUUCAUUAGAUGGUGAUAGUAUUAUGGGAGAGGGGGAAAACAGUUUUCUCUAUUCCCCUUCUCCACCCAUGUAUAAUCUCUUGCCAUGUCCUCUACCUGUUUUCUGAACUAAAAAUCUCCUUAUGUGGCAGCAUUUCCUCAUAGGGGGGAAAUACAUACAAAGUACAUGUGACUUUCUUUUUCAACACCGUAACUCCCUUGUUGUCAGUCAUGUUUUAUUCCUCGCCCAUGCUGGUUUCUCACAUAUUGAACUUUCAAAAUUGUGCAUAGCUAGAUUAAUACUUCCUCUGGGGAAAUGUGCCAAACUUUUAUGCUAUACUCAAGGAAAAUCAAAAUAAGCUUUUAAAAGCUAACCUUCACCUUUCAAAGAGACUGUUGGCACAGCCUGCCAUGCAGCAGAGUAUCAUUCGAAGGCAAUUUUACUAUCUGGACAAAGGAUGAAGGGCAGGAAGACCUAUUCUAAAUUUUCAGGAUGAUAAGUUAUUUAUCCAACUAAGGAAGUUUCGGAUGGUCUGUCUUGCUGAGAUCUUAACACUCAUCAGCAAUUCAACAUGAUUGAGCUCUGUGACUUCAAGGUUGCAUAGUUUCCUAUUACUGCACCUACAUAAAGGUAAAGGGACCCCUGACCAUUAGGUCCAGUUGUGACCAAUUCUAGGGUUGCAGCGCUCAUCUUGCUUUACUGGCCGAGGUAGCCGGUGUACAGCUUCCGGGUCAUGUGGCCAGCAUGACUAAGCCGCUUCUGGCAAACCAGAGCAGCGCAUGGAAACGCCAUUUACCUUCCCACUGGAGCGGUACCUAUUUAUCUACUUGCACUUUGACGUGCUUUCGAACUGCUAGGUUGGGCAGGAGCACGGACCGAGCAGAGGGAGCUCACCCCGUCGCUGGGAUUCUAACCGCCAACCUUCUGAUCGGCAAGCCCUACGCUCUGUGGUUUAACCCACAGCGCCACCCGUGUCGGACACUUGCUAACAGCUCAUGUUGUCUUCUGUGGUUUCACCAGCACACCUGGUUGGUUUUUGGUUUUGCUUUGUUUUGUUUGUUUGUUUUACAAAAUGCAUAGUGGUAUAGUCACUGCAUUCCUUUGGAGAUGGACCAUAGCUAAGUGACAGAGGACGUGUUAUGCAAGCAAAGGCUUCCCAGAUUCAGUCUUUAGUAUCUCUACUUAAAAGGAACGGGUGAGCAGGUGGUCUAGAAGGCCUCUGCUGUAGACCCUAGAUAUCAACUGCCAGUUGGAGUAGAGUACUGGACUAGGCAGAAAAGUUGCCUGACCUGGUGAAUAUGAGUUUUGCUGGGCAGGAAUGUCAAGCAUCUGUUCUGCAUGCAGAAGGACCCAGUUUAGAAAAUCUUAGAAUCUGAAAAUCUGAAGAAAAAGCAGCAAAAACAAGUUCUUCAACAGCAAGGAGUGCCCCUUCAUGCUGGGCAAGAGCCUUGAGAGGCAGCUAAACUGUGCCUUCCACACCAUACGCUGUGAGUGAGAGAACAGAUGCUAUUAUGUUGGAAGCAAGAAUGUUAACAGACCUAUGACGCGGGUGGCACUGUGGGUUAAACCACAGAGCCUAGGACUUGCCGAUCAGAAGGUCGGCGGUUCAAAUCCCAGCGAUGGGGUGAGCUCCCGUUGUUCAGUCCCUGCUCCUGCCAACCUAGCAGUUCGAAAGCACACCAGUGCAAGUAGAUAAAUAGGUACUGCUCCGGUGGGAAGGUAAACGGCGUUUCCGUGCGCUGCUCUGAUUUGCCAGCAGUGGCUUAGUCAUGCUGGCCACAUGACCCGGAAGCUGUACGCAGGCUCCCUCAGCCAAUAAAGCGAGAUGAGAGCCGCAACCUCAGAGUCGGUCACCACUGGACCUAAUGGUCAGGGGUCCCUUUACCUUUUAUACAGUGGUACCUCUGGUUACGAACUUAAUUCAUUCCCAAGGUCCGUUCUUAACCUGAAACCAUUCUUAACCUGAGGUACCACUUUAGCUAAUGGGGCCUCCCGCUGCUGCCGCACUGCCGCGCCGCAAUUUCUGUUCUCAUCCUGAAGCAAAGUUCUUAACCCAAGGUACUACUUCCAGGUGAGCGGAGUCUGUAACCCAAAGUGUUUGUAACCUGAGGUACCACUGUAUCUGUUUUAAAGUAACCAAGUAGUGCCAAAUCAGAAAUUUAAAAAACAAGUUAAAAGUUAGUUUUCUCUUUUUUUUAGAUGGGGCGGAGGAGGUUGUUUGUGGAAUUUAAUUUAUGUGUAGGAUAGCUCGGUGGGUAGGGCAUGAGACUCUUAAUCUCAGGGUUAUGAGUUCGAGCCACAUGUUGGGUAAAUGAUUCCUGUAUUGCAGGGGGAUGGACUAGAUGACCCUCGGGUCCCUUCCAACUCUACAUUUUUAUUAUUCUAUUACUCUAGCUCAGGGGAGCACCUUCCUCCGCUCAACAUCACCUGCUACAGAUUGCAGACAACCAGCUCACCAUGUGGCUAAUGCUAAAGAUUUCUCUAAAUAUUUUUGCCUAGGUAUUACAUAUACAGUUUACCUUAUAUUGUGUGUUGUGUCCUCUACCCAGGGGUUGCUGCAUAUGCAAAAGUGCUGAUCUCUAGGGAUUUUCUUAAAUCUCCCUUCCAGAAAAUUAGAUUCCAUAGUCUGAAAAUACAGGGCUGUAAGGGCUUGGCUGAGAAAAAGAAGUUAGCUCUGCUAAGUAUAUCUCUUUCCCAUGGUAUGAUUUUAAGGUGGGGAAUGUAUUGGAACUACUGGAUAAAGUAAUGGCAUCCAGGUCCUCUUCUGAAAGCAGAUUUUAGAGCUACGCUUUAAUAUUGCAAUGCUUAAGUUGGAUUUUGGCAGCAAAAAGGCCUCUGGAUCAGGUCCACAUUUUCUCAGUAAUAAUUUACUAUUAGCUUAUCGAGGUGUUUUGGGAGGAUGAGCAAGACUGUUCCACUAUACACAAUCUGAUCAGUUCAUUUUCUGAGUAUCUUGGUUUUUAAAAAUAAGACAAAAUAGCCCUCAAUAUGAAAUAUGGCAGCAAGGCAACAGAGUCUCACAACCAUUCCUUGCAUCUGUGGUUCAGUGAAGCGUAGGGAUGAUAAUUUAGAACAAUAGGAAGCAAAAAAGGGGUCCCAUUAGAACCGUGAACAAAUUUCAUACAUUUUAAGAUUCCAUUCAUAUUUAUUUCACUAUCAAAAAUCAAAAUUACCCAAAUGGGAUUAAUAAUAAUAAUUUAUACCCCACCCAUCUGGCUGAGUUCCCCCAGCCACUCUGGGCGUCUCCCAAUCGAGUGUUAAAAACAAUACCACAUUAAAUAUUAAAAACUUCCCUAAAUAGGGCUGUCUUCAGAUGUCUUAUUUCCUUGACAUCUGAUGGGAGGGCGUUCCACAGGGCGGGCGCCACUACCGAGAAGGCCCUCCGUCUGGUUUCACUAUUUGGAAUGGUUUUAUUAAUUACAUGUGGGUAAUUCUGGGUUUCCCCCCCAUAAUGAAAUAAAUAUGAAAAUUAUAUUUAAAUUAUAAUUUAUUCUGUUGGGGGCAGCAAAUCUUGCACCUCCACCACAAUCUUGCAGCUGGUGUUGGGACACCAGUUGCACCACCCUAGUUACUUUGCUGAACAGAUAUCACUGGCAGCCACACAUCACCCAUAAUGACUACCUGAUAGAGAGGACCAGCUUCCAAAUGACUAACUGCACACCAGGCCAUAUUAUCAAUCAGUUGACUAUUUUCUGUCUAUAUAUUUUGUAUGAUAUAUUUAGGGAAGAAACCACUGCUGACUUCACUGAUACAAUCAGGAGAGCCAGUGUGGUGUAGUGGUUAAGAGCAGUGGACUCGUAAUCUGGUGAACCGGGUUCGCUUCCCCGCUCCUCCACAUGCAGCUGCUGGGUGACCUUGGACCAGUCACACUUCUCCGAAGUCUCUCAGCCUCACUCACCUCACAGAGUGUUUGUUGUGGGGGAGGAAGGGAAAAGGAGAUUGUUAGCCGUUUUGAGACUCCUUAGGGGAUAUCAAAUCCAAACUCUUCUUCUUCUUCUACAAGAUUUCUGACCUUUCCCUGCUAGGAUCCCUUAGACAGAAGACCGAGUCUGCAGUACGCAAAGCUCUACCGAUGGAUAUGAUCUUGAGAUGCAUUCUUGUUUCCUUUGUCUUGGGUAAGUUCUCUUCAGCAGGCACACAUAGUGCCAGAGUCACCAACACAGAUGUUUUGCUUUGGCUAGAAAUAUAAUGAAAGCUGAAAAAGCAAAGCGAGCUAGCUGUGUUGGUCCACAUAGGAACCAUUUCCAUAUGACCCAUUUCCCGCCUUGCCAUAGCCCAUACUGUGUUCUUAUUGUUGCUGUACAUUGUUACUACAAAAAAGACCUGCACACCCUUUUACUAUAUUGCACUGGAUUGCUGGGAUCAAUAUCUCCUGCUCACAGAAGGCUGCCUUCUCUUGGUAACAAAUGGGGGGGGGGCGGGGGCGGCAAAAAUAGCAGAGAUUUUCAGGAACAGAUUUAGUAGUUGUUGUGGUUCCAGAGACUUGGGGUGACCCAUAUGGUUGACAGUCGUUGAUCUACUGUAACGCUGACUUCAGCACUCAAAAGCAAGUUUUCAUGCUGGCCGCAAAUCUGGUCAAUCCUUUGGUUUAAAACUAGACGUAAGAGCUCCUGCAGAAAUUAGAAUUACUGUGGCAGUCCUUUGUACUCCUAUUUAUUCUGGGGGUUGAUCAAAUUCUCAGUAUUAAAUCCAAAUUGAUGCAUUUUCCAGUGACACUUGAGUGACAUAAAGAAACACUUAAAUAAAAGAUAUUAAGAAAAAGAGAACAUAAAUGCAAGCAUAUACGAAAAUGAAGGUACUAUAAAGUCCAAAGAUGGUGUUCAGAUUGUAAGCUUUGGGCUGGGAAACCCCAGAAUUCAGUGCGGAGGGGAGAAUUCUGUUGACCUGUUUUUGUUUUUCUAUGUGGUUUUGUUUUUGUGUUUUUUGAGCCUGUGUAUCUUUCAGGUGUGAUGCUUCAUGUGACUGAAGAGCAUUACAUAGAUGCUACUUACGGGCAAGAAGUUACCCUUCCUUGCCAAGUUGAUAUAGUUAACCCAAGCGUUCCAGUGAUCUGGAAAUAUAAAUCAGAAGAAAUAAUUAAAUAUCAGCGUGGACAUCUUUUAAGAGGUAAAAAUCCAGUUGUACCAUUCAUUAUGCAUUUAAAAGAGGGAAGGCAGAACCUUUGCUCUCUGAUGAAAAGCUUUAACUCUCUGUGACUCCACUUCUUUCAAAGGUUCCUCCUCAUCAUCAGCAACAUACUCGUUAAAGAAUGCAGAUAAAGGGGAUUACUCUUUAACUAUGAGAAAUGGAAAGGAAGGACAGUAUACAUGUGAAGCACAUGGGAAAAUAAAAACUACUAAUCUUAACUUGUGGAGCGGUGAGUGAUGUGAUAUGGAGAAAGAAGAAAAGUUUAAUGUCAACUCCUUUUUCCCUGUCCCAUCUUCCUGCACUUGCUUGGGGAGGAGGACAGGGAAGAGCCCUAGGUAAAAACAAUUAACCUAAUAAGGCUUUCUCCCCCCUUCAUAGUAAAAGGACCUUCAGAUGAAUACCUCCUGGAGGGUGACAUUACACAACUGGAACUGUCUUCCUUGGACAUGUCUACCCAGGUUGAGUGGUUUGGCCCCAACAAGUCAAAAAUAACGAAUGAAAAAGAGCGAUGGACUCUACAAAAUAAAGAUCGGAGGCUGCAGAUAAAGGACCUUAAAGCUCAGGAGGACCAAGGGACCUGGGAAUGCUUCAUUAGUCGUAGUGGGCUUCGCAUCACCCAUGAUGUCAGAGUGAUAGGUAGGAAAAAUCACUGACCUCGUCGGUUCUUUUCCUUGCAGAAGAACCAAAAACAACAACUAUACUAAUGUUUUGUGGAGGAGGAAGCGGGAGGAGCAUGCCCCAUCCCUAUCCCAUUUGUUUCCUUCCACAAGUUGGAAGGUGGCCAUCUGCAGCAGGGAGCCAAGUGAGCAGAAAAUCAGGGUUAUAAAAUGCAUCAGUAAGGUAAAGGUAAAGGGACCCCUGACCAUUAGGUCCAGUCGUGACUGACUCUGGGGUUGCAGCGCUCAUCUCAUUUUACUGGCCAAGGGAGCCGGCAUACAGCUUCCGGGUCAUGUGGCCAGCAUGACUAAGCCGCUUCUGGUGAACCAGAGCAGCGCACAGAAACUCCGUUUACCUUCCUGCCGGAGCGGUACCUAUUUAUCUGCUUGCACUUUGAUGUGCUUUCGAACUGCUAGGUUGGCAGGAGCAGGGACCGAGCAACGGGAGCUCACCCCGUCGCGGGGAUUCGAACCACCAAUCUUCUGAUCGGCAAGUCCUAGGCUCUGUGGUUUAACCCACAGCGCCACCCGCGUCCCCUAAAAAAACAAAACCUGCUUCCCUACUGCAGACAGUCACCAUCCAACUCACAGUGAUGGGGACAGCCUGAAGAGGUCUUAUGCAUCAUGGUUAAUUCUGCCAAGUUGUACAACAUUAUAAAGAGAAGCGUAAAAGAUAUUGUAGUGACUGUGUGAUGCUUCCAGGCCGUCCGAGUUAAAGGCUGGAAUCGCCAUCAUUUGUUCAAUCACUUAUUUUUACGGAUAAUCCGGAGGACAUUGUUGCCAGAUCAUUUUCUGUGCACACCCCACUCCUUCUCUUUUGACAGUUUUUUGUUGUUGUUUUUUGCAAUAAAACUCAGUUGCAUAACCUCUCUUUCCACUGUGGACAAGUAAAAUGUUUUUAAGGCCUUUCAGGAAACUUGUACCUUUAAUGGAAAGUUGGUCCUGCAUGUUCCUUGCGUCUUGUUGACUGAUUAAUACUGGGGGUGGUGGGGGUGGUUUGAGCAGCACUUUCAUUGUCCCUUGACUAGUCUUUCUUAAUUACUCCAGUGCCAGUUUCUGUUACCAUCUGGCCCCCUUGCCUUUAAAUGGUGCAUUUGCCAAACUUUGGAGAAGAGAUCUUUGAGUACUUGAUGGUGAUGAUGCAGCCCCUUUUUUCAUUUUCAUAGCUUUUUCUUUGCAGAGUCUACUUCGUUUAGGGAACCCAGAAAUAGGUUCACAAGUAAAGCCUCUCUAGAAUUCUAUGGGGGGAAAGAGUUUCUCCCUACUCUUUACUGAGGAAAAUGGAAAUUAUUUAUUCCUGUUUUUUCUGUCUUAAAAUCAGGUUUUGUUAAUUCACUGGAUGGAGCUGUUAUAUAUGCAGCUGUUAAUAGCACAGUUGUCCUUUCAUGUGAAUUGAACAUUGACUUCCAAGAGAUUCCAAAGAACAUCCUAAGAAACCCAGUUUUGAGAUGGACGAAGGAUAACAAGACCAUUGUGGAGGUUGACUUAAACAAUUUCAACAGUUCCCUACUUCAGCAAACGAUAGGCAAGGUCCAGUUUGAGCAUGCUGGAGAGCACAAGUGCAGUAUUGCAUUUACACGGAGGAAUUUGAGUAAGACCACCCACUUGGUAGUGAUGAAAGGUAAGAAUAAGUCUCGAUCACUUUGUGUUAUGGUGUAAACAAGGACCAUAACACUGCUUAGAUCACACUUGCAAAAACUAUCCCAUCUAGACCUGGUGAAACUCCUAGUUGAAAAACAGAAACAAUUCCCAGGAACUCCUAAAACUUUGGGCAAAAAUAGACGUGAGGUCAAAACAAACAAAAACUCUGAAGCAACUAAAGGGUGCUCUGAUUUGGAUUGGAAUAACGGCACUGGUAAAGAGGGUGUUUUGAUGGUUUGGUCAGCCCAGCCCAAGACAGUUUGCUGCCUGAUUGGUUUGGUGCUGUUUUGUGCUGCAGACCCCGCCUUCGCUGCCGCCCCACCCCCCAACGGAGUAACUGACACUCAAACCGGGGUCACAAGUAAAGGGUCAGAAACACAACCUCAUCUGAUUGACUGCAAACCAGUGCCAAAGUAGAGUGCUGCUUUGGUACCGUUUUGUGCCACACUUAAAAUUGCCUCCGCUUGUGUGUUUGGAGGGUGGCAAAAGGACCCUGGACAAUAUGCCAAACCAGGAUAUAAGCUGGUGCCCAAAAUAUGGACAGUGUACACUGACUUCCUCUGCAUUGUGGCCCUCUAAAUAAAGCCGAUGGAGCUGUACCACCUCAAGUCUGUGUGUCGAUCCAAGUGUUUUUGCCUUUCCAUUGGGAGGAAGCCUUUCUUGUGAGUCAGGCAGCCUAGAACCUUAGAUCAUAAGAUGAAUGUGUCUCUUGUAGCAAUGAGCAUCUCCAGCAUGGAGGCUUGGCAUUCUCUCCUGAGCUUUGUGGAAACGGGACCUCUGUGAACGUUCCUUUCUUGUCUUCCCUGCAGUUUCUGCUGACCGCCCUAGACUUGAUUCCAAAGAAAAUGUGACCAUCUGCUGUCAUGUCUCUGCUCCUGAUCUUUCUAAGGCUCAGCUGUGCUGGAAUAAUAGGAGUGACUCGCCCAAAUGUGAAACUCACCUUCCAGAGGGCAAAUUUUGUUAUGAGACCAGAAGUGCAGGGGAAUGGAAGUGCAGCCUCACGGUGCAGGACGAAGAGAAGCUCAGUAUGAUCUACUUUGUAGGUAUGUUGCGUGUCAAGACCCCGCAGCCACCCCCUCGUUGGAAAUAACUCACGCAAGGACACAGAUAUUAGGUUUAUGUUAUUGGGCAAAUUUUGGCCACAACUUUCUUGAAAUUAGAGAAUGUGAGCAGUACUGGCUUAGGCAUUGAUUGGACCUGACUGUAUCUGACUCCUGCCCAUUGUGCAGGAAGUCCAGUAAGGGUAAGCCACCGGUAGGGGGAGCCCUGUCGAUGCAAACCAACUCAAGCUCCCCCUGGUGUUCCCGUCGGGGUCGGGUCAAGGCUCUAGCCCCCAGUCGGGCUUCAGACUAGAUCAACACCCCCGGAUUCCUUUAACGGAAUACCCUUAAGCAUGGAGGGGCAGGGGAUGGCCACACCUCCCCUCCCCCACACAAGGUCAAACAAUGCCUAACCGCAACCCUAACAAAGUUGUGACGAUUGCUACGAGGUAGGCGAAAACCAAGUGGCCAGUUUCAAUUUGCCAAGUGGAAAAAUUCCUACCAGGCCCCUCGGACAACCAAGGCGACCAACCGAAGUCCAUAGCAAGGUCAUUGCCUAACCUGCAAAAUAGGGAGGGAGGGUGGGUGAUUGAGGAAGCGAGCCAAAGAGGAAGUCCCCUGGCUCGCUCCUCCGUUUAAAAGGCCUCGGCCACGCCCCCCCGGCCAGCAGAUUGGCUUGCCAGGCUCUGACGUGGCCGGGAUCCCCCGGGCAACAGGGGACAAAGUCCCCCACCCCCGGUGGGGAGUGGGUGGCCACGCGGUCCGCCGCAACUCCUCCCCACUGGGAAGUGGAGCGGAUUUCCAGAAGUGGUAGCCACGGCAGCCCAUUGCAGCAAAAACCACAAGGUCUUUUCACUUUAAUGAUGUAACACAUUUAGAAUGGCAUUUGUUUUCGUGGGCCAAAGCAUACUUUAUCAGAUGCAUGUGGCUUUGGCAAUUUUCAGCACAGUGAGUUUUACUCAUGGUAGACCUAUUGAAAUUGAUGAAGUUGGGUCCAUUGAUUUCUACUCUGGGCAAAACUUUGUUGACUACCACCCUGUAUCAUUUGUUUCCAUCCUAUAUUAUUUAUUUCCAUUUCAUAUGUGUAUCCUCCUCUCAUCUCCUCUCUCCUUUUUGCCACAGAUGAGGCCUCAACUGUGUCCAAUUCAUUCCCACUGACUUACAUAGCCAUUGCAGCUGGUGGGAUGUUGCUGCUGUUGAUCAUCAUCAUAGGCGUGUGUGUGUUCAGUUGCAAAACUGUUAAACAGAAAAGGGUGAGUGGAUAUGUGCUUAUAAAUGGAAAGGGGAGGGGGGGAGAUACUUGUACAUACAGAAGUCUGUGGAAGAGAACUUGGAAGAACAUAAAACUCUGCUUUAUUUUUUGGCAGCAAAGAGCAAGGAAGAUGGCUCAGGCCAGACAGCACUUGCUUGAAAAGAAGACUUGUCAGUGUCAUAAGUACGUACCAGAGCACUCAGCAGAUACCCUGCAUUGACUUAAAGGAGGACCCUUUGUCACUUAUUUUUCCAAGUCUUCCUCAGGGAAAGGGGACUAGGAGUCAACAAGACCAGCUGAUGACACUUGUUAUCAUUCUCUACCAAGAGACAAGAUAGAUUAAAGAGAACAGGGUUAUUUCUCUUUUAAUACCACCUUUAGCGGUUUCAUUUUGCAGUAAUGGACCAAAAUGAAAAUAGCCUCAAAAAUGAUAAACAAGCUCUCAGCAUUACCAGUUAAAAUUUGUCCUCUACCCCAUUAAUCAACUGAAGUUCUACUUGAAUAGUCUACCAGUUAAACCAAGUAAAGCUUGCAUGAACAUGAGAAUAAGGGCUUGACCACAUGUGAGCAUUAUUUAGCUGUAUAUCCACUUCCCCCCUCAUUCAAAUUACACUGGCGAGUUCCAUACCCAGACAUACUUGGAUUUGUAUAUGAGGAGCAACUUCUGCCUCUCCUGUUCAUUCCAGUAGCAUCUCCUUUUGGGGUUUGUGUCUGCCUUCUAAUUUGUUAAAUCUGCUAUCAUGAUUAAAUAUCAAUAGGGCAUGUUCACAGAUAUCUGUGCAAUAUCUGGUGUAUUUUUCUUCUUCUUUUGAUAUCUUGGUUUUGCACAAAACUAGAAAAAGGUUCAAGCAAACCACCUUAAAAAUUUGACCUGAUUUCCUUGACUUUUCUGGUUUUGGUGCAAAUCCUAGGGAUCAAAACAGUGAAAAACGGUAUGCUCCUCCAUGUGUGUAGCAAGGAUUUUUGUUAGGGCGGGCAGACUUUUCGGUGGGGGGAGGCAGAACCUAAGAUUUGUAUUGAUUUUUAGUGAUGUGGGAAGCAGCUGCCCACCCCACCCCACCCCACCCCACCCCUUCUAUCCCCAUGUGCUCCUCCUUUCAGGAGUGCUGGAAAUAGUUGGGAACACAGCCAUAAAAGAAAUGGAAGCAAUUGUAGAUUUUCAGCACACUUCAGAUUAAUUUGCAAUAUCUAGUGUAGAAUUUUUUUAUGUGGUUUGCUUACGCAUUUUUCUGGUUUUGUGCAAAUCUGGAGGGUCAAAGGGGGGAGAAUAUACAGUGGUGCCUCGCAAGACGAAAUUAAUCCGUUCGUCUAGCGGUUUUUUUGUCUUGCGAAGCAACCCUAUUAGCAGCUUAGCGGAUUAGCGCUAUUAGUGGUUUAGUGGCUAUUAAAGGUUUAGCGGCUUAGCGGCUAAAAGGCUAUUAGCGGCUUAGCGGCUUAGAAAAAGGGGGGGGAGCGGAAAAAAUUGCAAGACUUGCAAGACGUUUUCGUCUUGCGAAGCAAGCCCAUAGGGAAAUUCGUCUUGCGAAGCGCAUCGAAAAACGGAAAACCCUUUCGUCUAGCGGGUUUUUCGUCUUGCGAGGCAUUCGUCUUGCGGGGCACCACUGUAGUUCAGAAGAGUGCUGCAAAUAGUUACAAGCAUGCUCAGAAAAGAAAUGAAAGCAUUGAGAAAAGUAGUGCACAUGGAAAGGGGAGCAGCAGAAAGUGGCAAGUGAUCCACCCACACCAAAACACCAAAACAAAAUUGUCUGUGACCCCAGUUGGAGUGGUUUAGAGCCCAAUUUCCCCCAAUUUAUCAGAUUAUCCAUAUAUAAGAGAAAUCUGAAUUUACAAGGGGCAAGCAUCAAAUCUGGUGUUAUUUCAGAGUAAGAUUAUGUGAGCUACGCAGAUUAAAUGGGAAGGCAAACAGCUGCAAAAACACAGUGAACUCCGUUGUGGACAAGCCUUUAGUCACUUGGGUCCAUAUACAAAUAGAAGACAAUGCAAGGCACUUCCAUCAGAGGCUAGGUGAUCAACUACUCUUCAGCAAUUCACUUUUACUCUUUUUUGAACUGCAUUGUACAAAUUGUGCACCUCACAUUGCAAAACCAAGUGCAUUUAGCCACAUGAAAUCUCAAACAAAUGUGCCUCCCCAUUUUCCCAGUCUUAACAGCAUGCUAUGUUUUUUUCUGCUAUAUCCUGGUGUAAAUCUCAGGGAACUAUUUAUUUUUUCUCUUACAGGGACCUGACAAAUGAUUACUACCAUGCUUGA